AUGGGAACUCGAGGUCUUUAUUGUUUCUUGUAUAAAGGAAUAUAUUACAUAAUAUAUAAUAAUUCAGAUUCAUAUCCUGAUGGGUUAGGAGAAACUCUUCUUAGACAACUUCUAGGACUUAGUUUGCAAGAAUUACGUGAAAGAUUGGUACAUAAUAUUAUUGUAUGCAAUGGAAAAUAUCCAGAGCUCACACAAGAAAUUGUAGAUAAUUUUCGAACAUUCAUCAUACAAGAUGAGUCUUAUUUUGAAUCUUGGUUAAAUAAUUCUGCUGCGUAUAUAAAAAAUAAUGAGAUAGGAAAUCUUGAAGCCAUUAUUAGGCGUUAUUUACCCCUUGGACAAUUUCCAAAUGAGGAAGUUCCAAGGGUUGAUGAUUGGAUUGAAUGGAUAUAUAUUAUAGAUUUAGAUCAUGAAAAAUUCUUGGUGCAAAAUCAUGAAUAUGAAUGGGAAUUCAACCUUCAAAAAUUAUUGAUGUACGUUGAUGAUUUAGCGAAAGAAAACAAAAGCUCUAAUAAAAAAAUACGAUUUCUCAGAUCACUAUUAGCGGAUUGA